CUUAUCCCAUUCGCAUUCCACGUUCCUCCCACGCGCCUUCCCUCUUCUUCCUCAAUUUCCAUUUCCUUCUUCGCUCGCUUUGAAUUCUCGUGCAGAAAUGCCUGAAAUCCAGUUGGGUGCGCACACUAUCCGAUCACAUGGAGCUAAGGUGGCAAGAAGACAUUUGCAUGACUGGUUGAUUCUCAUAUUUCUAGCGGUGAUUGAUGUCGCUUUGAAUGUGAUAGAUCCGUUUCACCGCUUUGUUGGAGAGUGGAUGUUGACAGACCUGAAAUUCCCGCUGAAAGACAAUGCAAUUCCAUUUUGGGCUGUUCCAUUGAUAGCAAUACUGGCGCCACUUAUUGUCAUUCUUGUUUACUACUUCAUUCGCAAGGAUGUUUAUGACUUCCACCAGGCUAUAUUGGGUCUUCUAUAUUCUGUACUCAUUACUGCUGUUGUAACUGAUGCGAUUAAAGAUGGGAUUGGACGGCCACGUCCAGAUUUCUUCUGGCGUUGUUUUCCUGAUGGCAAAGGGGUGUUCGAACCGUUAACAGGAGAUGUUCAAUGUACUGGACGUCUGAGUGUUAUCAAGGAGGGAUACAAAAGCUUUCCAAGUGGGCAUACCUCUUGGUCUUUUGCUGGUCUUGGCUUUCUUGCCUGGUAUCUAUCUGGAAAAGUUAGGGCAUUUGAUCGUAGGGGUCACAUUGCAAAGCUUUGUAUUGUUUUCUUGCCAAUACUCUUGGCAGCUCUGGUUGGAGUCUCUCGGGUUGAUGAUUAUUGGCAUCAUUGGCAAGAUGUAUUCGCUGGAGGUCUUUUAGGGAUAGUAGUAUCAUCCUUUUGUUACUUACAAUUCUUUCCACCUCCGUAUGACGUAGAUGGAUGGGGACCUCAUGCAUAUUUCCAGAUGUUGGCAGAAUCUCGAAAUGGACUUCAGUCCUUUGCUAUCAACAAUGACAAUCUUUGAGGGCUUAUGUUUAAGAACUUGAUGAGGUUUCAGACCGUAUAUAUCCCACAUUGUAGUGAUCGCAAACUCAACAAGCCAGUAUCUGACUCUACAUUCUGAAUUCAGUGGAGAGAAAGAAAAGAUGCUAAAUGUUCAUAAUCUGUAAAGGUCAGGGAAACAAAGAGAAUGGGAGGGGAAAGAAAAUUUUUAAUGAACUUAAUUUAAACAAUUGAAGAAGUAAGGUUAAAAGCUUUCAAUUGAUUUUUAUUAAUCUUUUACUUUGCAUUUUCUCUUUAUUAAAAUUUUAAAAACACACUUCUCCAAUUUUUCAAAUUAAACUCUUUAAAAUCACCCCCACCCCCAAAUUUCCCUGUACCAAAUAUAUUUGAAUCUCAAGUGCAGAUAUCUAUGCGGCUUCGGACUUGUUUCCCAGAAUUUUCAUCGAUCAUUGCUCAUUUUGCUAAAAUCAGAGAAGAGCUGCCUUCUGGGGUCAUUGGCUGUGGUGUGUCGGUUUAAUUUUGAUUGAGAAG